AUAAGUACUGCCCAUGGACACAGGUUAGGAGGUCUGAUAUGUACUGCCCAUGAACACAGGUUAGGAGGUCUGAUAUGUACUGCCCAUGGACACAGGUUAGGAGGUCUGAUAUGUACUGCCCAUGAACACAGGUUAGGAGGUCUGAUAAGUACUGCCCAUGAACACAGGUUAGCAGGUCUGAUAAGUACUGCCCAUGAACACAGGUUAGGAGGUCUGAUAUGUACUGCCCAUGGACACAGGUUAGGAGGUCUGAUAAGUACUGCCCAUGGACACAGGUUAGCAGGUCUGAUAUGUACUGCCCAUGAACACAGGUUAGGAGGUCUGAUAAGUACUGCCCAUGAACACAGGUUAGUAGGUCUGAUAUGUACUGCCCAUGAACACAGGUUAGGAGGUCUGAUAAGUACUGCCCAUGAACACAGGUUAGUAGGUCUGAUAUGUACUGCCCAUGAACACAGGUUAGGAGGUCUGAUAAGUACUGCCCAUGAACACAGGUUAGGAGGUCUGAUAUGUACUGCCCAUGAACACAGGUUAGUAGGUCUGAUAUGUACUGCCCAUGAACACAGGUUAGGAGGUCUGAUAAGUACUGCCCAUGAACACAGGUUAGGAGGUCUGAUAUGUACUGCCCAUGAACACAGGUUAGGAGGUCUGAUGUGUACUGCCCAUGAACACAGGUUAGGAGGUCUGAUAAGUACUUCCCAUGGACACAGGUUAGGAGGUCUGAUAUGUACUGCCCAUGAACACAGGUUAGGAGGUCUGAUAUGUACUGCCAAUGAACACAGGUUAGGAGGUCUGAUAUGUACUGCCCAUGAACACAGGUUAGGAGGUCUGAUAAGUACUGCCCAUGGACACAGGUUAGGAGGUCUGAUAUGUACUGCCCAUGAACACAGGUUAGCAGGUCUGAUAUGUACUGCCCAUGAACACAGGUUAGCAGGUCUGAUAAGUACUGCCCAUGAACACAGGUUAGGAGGUCUGAUAAGUACUGCCCAUGAACACAGGUUAGGAGGUCUGAUAUGUACUGCCCAUGAACACAGGUUAGGAGGUCUGAUAUGUACUGUCCAUGGACACAGGUUAGCAGGUCUGAUAUGUACUGCCCAUGAACACAGGUUAGCAGGUCUGAUAUGUACUGCCCAUGGACACAGGUUAGGAGGUCUGAUAAGUACUGCCCAUGGACACAGGUUAGGAGGUCUGAUAUGUACUGCCCAUGAACACAGGUUAGCAGGUCUGAUAUGUACUGCCCAUGAACACAGGUUAGCAGGUCUGAUAUGUACUGCCCAUGAACACAGGUUAGCAGGUCUGAUAAGUACUGCCCAUGAACACAGGUUAGGAGGUCUGAUAUGUACUGCCCAUGAACACAGGUUAGCAGGUCUGAUAAGUACUGCCCAUGAACACAGGUUAGGAGGUCUGAUAUGUACUGCCCAUGGACACAGGUUAGGAGGUCUGAUAAGUACUGCCCAUGAACACAGGUUAGGAGGUCUGAUAUGUACUGCCCAUGAACACAGGUUAGCAGGUCUGAUAAGUACUGCCCAUGAACACAGGUUAGGAGGUCUGAUAUGUACUGCCCAUGGACACAGGUUAGCAGGUCUGAUAUGUACUGCCCAUGGACACAGGUUAGGAGGUCUGAUAAGUACUGCCCAUGAACACAGGUUAGGAGGUCUGAUAUGUACUGCCCAUGAACACAGGUGUGGAGGGUGGAGAGACGGCCUGUAAGCUAGCCCGUAAGUGGGCCUACACUGUGAAGGGCGUGCCCAAGAACCAGGCAAAAAU